GAUGGCUUAGAGAUCAGUUGAGACUAGGAUGUGUGUGUGGGCUGGGGAGACAGAAAUGUGAAUUGGUAAGAAAAAAAAAAUUAUACCUUUGGCUGAUGAAUCACAGAAAUUGUGAAAUCCUGCAGAUGUCACUAAAAUAAUGAAGGAGGGUAUAGUGAGAUACCGAAUAAACAUUGACAUACUGAGAUUAGAGAGUACUUGGUAUAUGUAUAUAUACGUAUAAAUGACUUCAGACGUGACAUCUGGGUUUAACGGUGCCAUACAUUCAGCACUUCAACUUUUAUAUGACCAUUCGUCAACGUACAAUGUUUCCAUCGAACUUGUACAGAAGUUAGCACAACAAUUGGGACUUGACACCUUUAUCGACAAAGAUGCUUAUACUCACGCGGGCACCAAUGGAGAGCACCAAUUUAAACGACUUUCUAUUGCAGGCUCUCUUGUGCUUAUCGAUAUUGACUUCUUAGAUGACCAUACCAUACUCAAGGUUUCACUUUCUCUGGCAAAUCAUACAGGAGAAAUUAAUUCUGGAAGUCCAAGUGACGCUCAACUGCAAGAACCGAUAAUUGAAUCUAGAUCAACUAAUUCUGAAGGUUUAGAGACGAUUCUUCUCGGUGACAAUAUUAGUCAAAGAUCUUUUCUCAAUACGUCUGCUGAAGGGAUUCUCUUACAGAAUUUAACAAGUUCUACAAAAUUGAAUACUUUCCCUUCUAAUUUGAAAUAUUUGGCUUCAUUGGAUAGUUUAUCGUUACCAAACUUUGAUUUCUUUCUUUAUCUUGAUAGAAUUGCGUUAAUUCUUUCUGCUGUAUCACAGUUGAAGAAAAAUGGUGAUGAUGAUGAUGAAUUAGCAUUCACUAAAGAUAUCAUUGGCGAGAUUAUUGCUAACAAUAAACCUAGAUUAGAAUUGGGUAUAUUUCUCAAAUACUGGCAAGAUUAUCGAUAUAUUAACCAAGAGCUUAAAGGUAGAGAUGUGCCCUUAAUAGGUGACGCCCAUACAUUCAGAUUUGUUAUUCAACAGGGAGAAAACAAAACUGUGCCAAAUUACACAUUAUCAAACCAAUGGAAAAUAGACGAUAAGACAUAUGAAAUCAAAUUUAAAGAAGUUGAUACUGUUGAAAGUACCAAUUCCACUCUCAAAUUAUCGUUGAGUGAAGCUAUUACCAUUCCAAAGACUGUAAUAGAAUACUUGGAUUUGUAUGAAUAUGAAACAAGGGAGACGAUUGACGAAGUAUUCCAACAAUUAUCUGGUACUCAACUCGUUGGAUAUACCUUACAUGGGUAUGAAGUUAAAAUUGGAUUAGAAUUCCCACAGGAAUUUAUAAAUGUAACCAGUUUAAGUAUUAAAAUGUUGAAUUCAAUUUCACGAAUAGUGCCAGUGUUUAGAAAUUUCCAUGUUUUCAACAAGUUGAUUCAAUCGAUAGAUAGUAAAGGGGAGAAAUUGGAUUCUCUGGAACUUGGAAAGUAUAAUGAAGUGAAUAGAAGAGCAUUGAAGGAGUCGUUGAGAUUACCUGACGGGGUUAGCAACGAGGAGUUGAUGGGGUUGAGUCUAGGAGGUGAUAACCCUGCGCUAUCUUCAAUCAAACCAAUAAAUACAGCUGGUGCUGACUUGGAUGAUUUUAUGAAGGAAGAUGAAAGGAAUGAAUCUGAAGAGAAUAAAAUGGAAGAUGAAUCAGAAGAAAAUAAGGAAGAGCAAACACAAACAAAAAUACUGAUGAUACUUCUGGAAGUUGAUUAUUCUUCGAAGAAUACUGAUUUGAUUGUUGCCUUACAAGGAAAUGUGCAACUGCAAAGUAUCGACUUGAAGUUCAAAAUAUCUAAUGGUCAAAUACAAUCCUUAACAGAAGACGUUGAUAUGGAAGGAGGAGAUGAUAAAAAUGAGAAAUUGAUAAAAGCUUUAAAAAUCACUGAAGAUGUGAUUAAGAGUAUAGAAAAGGUGUAUAUAUGAGAAUAAAUUGGUGGGAUUUAUAAUAAGUCUUUAGUUGAUUAUUCAUAUGUAUUUUUAACAAUAUUUACAGUAGGAUAGGAAUUGC